UUUUACCCGUAGCAGUUUGGAAUCCAACCUUUGGGUAGCCUAUUGUUUUCUUAUCUUCGUGAUUCAUGCAAAAGACCAGAAAGCCGGCCGCCGGUGAUGUCGGACCAUGUCUUCCCCGAGCAAGCUUGCUACGUCAACUGCAACUUCUGCAACACUCCUCUCGUGGUUAAUGUCCCAGGCAACAAUUUACUCGAUGUUGUCACAGUAAGAUGUGGGCUCUGUGCUAAUUUACUGUCUCUGGAUCUCGAAGCAUUGCUUGGGAAACUCCCACAUCAGAGUUUUCAGAAUCACAACCCUGGUUCUCUCCACCCCCACAUGGAUUGUGGAUCUUCCUCGAGAUGCACCAGGCUAUCAGCGAUGAACUCAGUUGACUGUGUUCAACAGCAAACACACCCUAUCCAACCAACCGAGAAGCGACGUGUUCCAUCUGCCUAUAACAAGUUCAUCAAGGAGGAGAUACGGCGGCUGAAGGCAAAAGAUCCCGACAUCAGCCACAAGGAAGCUUUCAGCACUGCAGCCAAAAACUGGGCACACUUCCCCGAAAUCCAUUUCGGGCCAUCCGUGAAGGGGAGUAAACAAGCUUAGGUUGGAGGUCAAUGCUGCCCAAACCGAGCGGAGGUUGUCAUGGUUUUUGCAGCAGCAGUGUACGUUUAAUGGUCCGUAGUUCUUUAUGGAGUGUUCUUGUGGACGACGGUGUGAAGUAAGUAGU